AUGAUUUAUAGUCACUACAAGGCUUUAAGAUACUUCAAAGAAUUGGGCAUUCCUGGACCUAAGCCAUGGCCAUUACUUGGCAACAUUCCAGCUGUUAUGGCGAUAGGUGAUCAAAAUUCAGCUCAUUUAAAAUUUACAAACGAAUAUGGAAAAGUCUUUGGAAUGUUUUAUUUGAGUGAACCAGUGAUUGUUGUAUCGGAAUUUGACAUCGUCAAGAAAAUAUUAAUCAAAGAUUUUCAUGCCUUUCCAAAUAGACGAUUACCUUUUAAAUUACCAUUAAAUAGUCUUAGUAAAGCUGUAGCUAUUGCUCGUGAUCAAGAAUGGAAAAGAAUCCGUGAUAUUCUUACGCCCACUUUUACUGGCAACAAGUUGCGAAGUAGCUUCCUAAUUGUUGAUGAUAUAACAACAAAAUUGGUGCAAUCACUGAUUGAUAGUAGUCAAAAGAAAGAGAUUGUUAAUAUACGAAAGGUGCUUGGUGAAUUUACUAUGGAGACAAUGUUAAGUGUUGCUUUCGGUGUACAAAUGCUGAACUCAAAAUUAAUCCAUUCUGCUAUUCAAAUUUUUGAUAGAGGACAAUUAAGGGUUUUGAUGUCUAUUCUUUCUCCUACUUUGCUAAAAGUAAUUAGAAAAUCACCGUUCGAUUUUGACGCUAAAUACUUCCAACACCUAGAUCGAGCAGCUCGACAAGUAAUUAAGUACAGACGCCAAUCAGAUCAACCUGCUCGUCGUGAUUUACUGCAAUUAAUGAUGGAAGCAGAGAAUAAUGGCAAAUUAUCAGAUGAUGAAAUUAUUGCCCAAUCUAUGAUCUUCCUAUUAGCUGGUUAUGAUACUACUGCUAACACGAUAUCAUUUGCUGUUUAUUUAUUAGCUACACAUCCUGAAAUCCAAGAUAAAUUGAUUAAUGAAAUUGAUGAUGCUCUCCAAACCCAAGCUGAUAGCUUUAAUUAUGAUAAAAUUCACGAACUAAAAUAUCUAGAUAUGGUAGUUAGUGAGACAUUACGACUUUAUCCAACAGCAUCUACAACUAUACGUGAAGUAGCUUGCGAUCAUACUAUCGAUAAAUAUAAAUUUAAGAAGGGAGGCACCGUUAUGAUAUCAGCUUAUGCCUUACAUCGUAAUAGCAAAGAAUGGCCAGAUCCAGAGAAAUUUAUACCAGAACGAUUUACUCAAGAAGAGAAACAAAAGCGAAAUCCUCUAUCUUAUUUACCCUUUGGUGGCGGGCCAAGAGUUUGUAUAGGUAUGAGAUUUGCACUGAUGGAAAUCAAGAUCGCACUAGUUCGUAUAUUGCAAAAAGUGAAAUUUACAGUAGUUAAGGAAACGGAAAUUCCUCUACAACUGCGAGUUGGGCCAACAUUAUCUCCUAAGAAUGGAAUCAAACUAGGCAUAGAAGUACGCGAAUAG